AUGGAAUCAACAAUGAUGUUGAGUAUGUACUCAGAUGUUGUUAAAAUCGCUGGGCCUCAUGAUAAAAUUUACAAAGACGAAUGUGUUUACUCAUUUGAUACACCUGAAUCUCCAUCUGGUUUGUACGUGAGCCUGACAAGUUUUCACGGACUUGGUCGUGAUUAUGUUGAAAGAUACAGCAAUAAAACUGGACACCGCGUUUAUCUUAACAUAAAACGAUUAAAAAAAGUUUCAAGUGAGCAAGCCGCUGAUGGACCUGCGAAAAAAAUAACUCGUUUGGCAAUUGGUGAACCUGGUGGAUUCAAUCCUAAUGAAAAGAAAUAUGUUUUUGAUGAUCAUUAUGAAAUUGUUAUUUUGCCAGAUUUUAAAACAUUUCCAUAUCCAUCCGACUUAAUACCAGAGAAAAUGAAUCUUUCAAUAACGUCUAUUUUGAAUGCUGAGUCAGCAACCAAAGCAGCUGAGAGAGAAGCUCUCGCGGGUACUUGGGAUGGUGAAGCUAAAAUUAUCUCUAAACAUGCUGAAAAUUUAUUGCAACUUGAUAAUGGAAGAAAAAUACCACCAAAUGGUUGGAAAUGUGAUAAAUGCGAUCUCAAUCAAAAUUUAUGGUUAAAUUUAACUGAUGGAUCAAUUUUGUGUGGACGUAAAUUUUAUGAUGGUUCGGGUGGUAAUAAUCAUGCUGUUCAACACUAUCAAGAGACCAGUUAUCCUUUAGCAGUUAAAUUAGGAACAAUCACCAAGGAAGGAAAAGGAGAUGUGUAUUCAUAUGAUGAAGAUGAUAUGGUUGAAGAUCCUCAUUUAAUUGAACACUUGGCUCACUGGGGCAUUAAUAUUACUCAAUUAGAAAAAACUGAAAAAUCAAUGGUUGAACUAGAGUUAGAUCUUAAUCAAAAGUUUGGUGAAUGGGUAGCACUUCAAGAAGCUGCCAGUAAAUUAACUCCAAUUUAUGGACCUGGUUAUACUGGUCUUGUGAAUCUUGGAAAUUCUUGUUACUUGAAUAGCGUAAUGCAGAUGAUUUUUAUGAUUCCAGAUUUUGUUGACCGAUUCGUUAAUUCAGCGAUAGAAAUUUUUGAUAAUAAUACCAGUGAUCCAGCCAAUGAUUUUAAUGUUCAAAUGGCUAAAUUGGGAUCUGGUUUACUAUCUGGUAAAUAUUCAAUCGCUCCAAAAUCAGAAGAUCAAAAUGAUGCACAGCAAGGUAUUGAGCCAAGAAUGUUUAAAAGCUUAAUAGGCCGUGGACAUUCAGGAUUUUCUUCUAAUCGUCAGCAAGAUGCUCAAGAAUAUUUAUUGCAUUUAUUGAGUAUUUUACAACGCCACAGUGUUCAACGAGCAAAUCCAGCAAAUUGUUUCAAAUUUAAAGUUGAAGAACGUUACGAAUGCAGUAGUUCUGGUAAUGUUCAAUAUUCAUACCGACCAGAAUAUUUAUUACCACUUCCGAUUCCUAUGGGAGCAGCAACUAAUAAAGAAGAAGUUGCUGCCCAUGAGAGAGCAAAAAAGGAAGCUGAAGCUGCGGGUAGAAAAUUAGAUUCCAGUGUUACUGUACGACCACAUAUAAAAUUUUCAUCAUGCCUUGAAGCUUUUGCUGGUGUUGAAUCUAUUGAACAAUUUUAUAGUACUGCAAUUAAUGGUAAAACAAUUGCCAAAAAAAUAACAAGACUUGCAACAUUUCCAGAUUAUCUUUUGAUACACUUGAAAAAAUUUACCGUCAAUGAAGAUUGGACACUGGCAAAAUUAGAUGUCGCCGUUGAGAUGCCUGAUAUAUUAGAUUUGACUUCUCUGCGUGGUUGUGGAUUACAACCUAAUGAAAAAGUAUUGCCAGAAGCAGCUGCUGAAAUCCCAAUGCCGGUUUAUGAUCAAACUAUUCUCAGUCAAUUGAUUGACAUGGGUUUCCCACCAGAAGCAUGCAAGAGAGCAUUGUAUUUUACUGAAAAUCAAGGCCUCGAAGUAGCUUCAAAUUGGCUUUUAGAACAUAUGAUGGAUUCCGAUUUUGCAGAUAAAUUUGUCCCACCGGGAAUUGAAAUAACACUAUCAAAAGCACCUUUUGUACCCAGUGAAGCAGGCCUUGAAUAUCUUUUGAGUUUAGGAUUUGCUGAAGAUCGUGCUGUAAAAGCACUCAAAGAAACGGAUAAUAAUAUAGAGCGUGCAGUUGACUGGAUCAUCAGUCAUCAAGAUGAACUUGAUACACAUGGAGUGAUGGAAGAAGAAAUUAGACCGGCUCAAGUCGAAUAUCGUGAUGGUGACAGCCAUUAUAAACUUGUAGGCUUUAUCUCACAUAUGGGGACUUCGACGAUGGUUGGACAUUAUGUGUGUCAUUUACUCAAAGACAAUCGAUGGGUCAUAUUUAAUGAUGAAAAAGUUGCAUUAUCCGAAAAUCCUCCAAAAGAACUCGGAUAUAUAUACAUGUACCAGCGUUUAAAUCCAUAG